AAUACAGCUUAUCUGCUGUGUGACAAUAUUAGCUUUAUGUGAAAAAAUACAUUUUUUCUGUUCAGUAACAAAGAGUGAGUUACACCAUUUUUGUGUAUACUAUUGAGAUACAAGACUUUAUUGAUGUAAAAGCAUUUGUAUGUCUAGUGGGCAAGUAGACUAUAUAAGAUAGCUGUGAAUCAAAAGAAUUUAUAGCGUGGUGUCGCUUUUGAUCAAGCCAGUAUCUCUGCUAGAGCGACCAUGAGCGCACCGAUUGUGAGAACGAGAUACGGAGCCUUGAAAGGUACCGUUGUACAAAAUGUAGAAGGCGGAGAGUACUUGGCCUUCAAUGGUAUUCCCUACGCUGAGCCACCAGUGGGCCAACUAAGGUUCAAGGUAAUUUUAUGUCGGGACAAUAAGGAAUCAGGACUACAAUUAGCUGCAUUAUUAGAAUUUGAAACUACAGAUGGUAAAGAAGCUGCACAGUUUCUACGGACAGUCGAUGCUAAAACAUUGACAGAAGGAGUGGUAGAGCUUACUGGUGGUUUCGGAGAGUUCACGGUUAACGUUUUAUUUGUACCAACAAUGGAUGACAAGAGUGAAAAUCCCUUUGCACCUCAGCCGGCAGAUGAAAUGGCCAAAAAAGGAAUUGAGGUUCCAAGUAUAUUCGGUUACAAUAGUCACGAAGGGAUUGUGUUCCUUGUAGCAUCUACGGAUAAGACAUACAGUAAAAUCGAAAAUGACUUCGAUGGCUUUCUUGAUAAACUGAUUGUUAAUCAAAAUAUUACAAAAACUGAUGACGUCGUAAAAAGGGUCAGAAAAUUUUAUUUUGAUGAGGAACCGAUAACACCUGAGCAACGCGACAAUUACGUACAGCUAUUAGGUGACUUUCAAUUUGUCUUUGGAAUUCGACGAAUUGUAGAAAAUCAAUUCCAAAAAAGGGUUCCAUUUUUUUUCUACAAAUUCUCUGGACCAGGUGAAAACGUGUUUAUGCCAUCCAAUGUCACAAACAGCAUCAAAGGUACGUGUCAUGGAGAUGAACUCGGUUGUAUAUUCUACAACCGUGCAUCUAAUUCCAAGUUGGAACCAGAUUCUAAGAGUCGUGUAACGAUGGAGUAUUUCACCAGGCUCUGGAAGAACUUUGCCAAAACCGGGGAUCCAACGCCAAAGCUCGACGAUGUGGUAACAAAGAAAUGGCUACCAGUGACAAACGAAAGAAUCUAUUACCUAGAAAUCAAUGAAGAUCUUAUAACCGGAGUCAAUCCGGAUCAAGAGAAAUGGCUGUUAUGGAAAAGCAUAUCCCAAUCCGCUUAACUCUAUAGUUUCCAAGGUCACACAUACUGUUAUAUAAAAGGAGAAAAUGAUAAUAUUCUUAAAGCUUAAAAAUUCUUAUUUUGAUCAUGUUCAAAACAAUUUAUGAACUCUAUGUAAAUUACACUUUAAUUACUUCCAUUAAAGAGCUCAAUACUGUUUUA